AUGAUUUUAAACACACUUGACAGAGAAGGCACCAGCAAACUACCCAACUUGCCCAAAAUCACGCAGGGUCUGCGGCGGGUGUUACAGCCUGCUGUUAGUGCGACAGAGCAGCGCUCUGCCCUUCGGACCGGCCUCCUCCUGCGGAUCAGGGACGUACAGCGUGCCACGCGGCAGCUACCAGCCCCGCUCACCGCCGUCCUGCGAGCCACCCCUCAGUCUACGGCACCGUUGCGUGGAUGGGACGAACAGCAGCUGGCAGGCAAAAGCCACGCCGGACGAGCUGAGCGGGACUCGUGCUCGGUUUUUUUCACUUCCGCUGCAGACCACGCUGUUCAUCCGCCGGACAGCGACGCUUCCCAGACUUCAGGAAGAGGCCAGGGCUUCACGAGGCGAAUGCUGGCAAACACGACUGAGCAACGGUACCUGGAGCGCUGCGCCGGGCAGGAUGACCUCUCAACUAGUCCUCAGCUGUUUACUCCCAUGAGCCCUUAUGACGUAGACCUUCCAAUUCAGACAACUCCAGACGCAUCAUUCGGUGCUCAAUUUAAUCAGCCCAAAGAGCUUCCUCCAGACUUCUCUUCUGUGGAUCUCAGCUUUCUUCCAGAUAUUAGCCAAGAUGACAGAGAACAAAAUCCAUCUGAAGAUGGUCAUGAAAUGCAAAAAGAGCUUGAUGGGUCAGUAUCAAGAAAUGAGGACAGUGGUAUCCUCAUGGAUGAAAGCAAUCUGUCAUAUACAGAUGCAACCCAGCCAUCCUCUGAAACACCUGGUGUCUGUCCUCCUCUGACACCAAUGACGCCUAUGACCCCAGUGACACCUGCAUCAGAAAGCUCUGGCAUAGUUCCUCAGUUACAGAACAUAGUGUCGACUGUAAACUUGGCUUGUAAACUAGAUCUGAAGAACAUAGCUCUGCAGGCCAGAAAUGCAGAGUACAACCCAAAGAGGUUCGCUGCUGUGAUCAUGAGAAUCAGGGAGCCACGAACAACAGCGCUUAUUUUCAGUUCAGGAAAAAUGGUCUGCACAGGAGCAAAAAGUGAAGAGCAAUCACGGCUUGCAGCGAGGAAGUAUGCACGCGUGGUGCAGAAGCUUGGGUUCCCCGCCAAGUUUCUGGACUUCAAGAUACAGAAUAUGGUUGGGAGCUGUGACGUGAGGUUCCCCAUCCGGCUGGAAGGGUUGGUUCUCACCCACCAGCAGUUCAGUAGCUAUGAACCUGAACUAUUUCCUGGACUUAUUUAUAGGAUGGUCAAACCAAGGAUAGUGCUGCUCAUCUUUGUGUCUGGAAAAGUUGUACUGACUGGAGCAAAAGAGCGUUCUGAAAUCUAUGAAGCAUUUGAGAACAUCUAUCCCAUUCUAAAAGGUUUCAAGAAAGCAUCGUAA